AUCCGCGCGGUCCGAGCGCGAGCAUCGUGUACUCUUAGAUUGUUGUCUCGUUGUCGCGUAUUGUUUAUUUCGUUACUAUGUGAAAAAACUGAAUCUGUGAAGAGAAUUAAAGUUGAAUUCAACUUAUAAUAAAUUUUUUCAUAUAAAUUACUUUUAUUUAGAGAUAAUCAAUUGCUACCAAGAGAUUACUUAUUUUAAAAAGUUUAACUGACUUUUCCGUGAAACAGUAAUCUUCAUGAACAUUUAUUUGCGCCGUAAAUAUGUAAUGUAAGAAAUCUGCCAGAUUUUUAAUGAUUUCUAAUUAACGUUCGAUAGUUUAUUACUGAUCUGUCGAUUUGUUCGAAUUUUCCAAGUUAUCAGAUGUUAUAAAUUUAUAAAGCAUCUAUACUGCAUAUAUUAUUCGCAUUAGUUAUCAAUUUUAUGAUUUUGUAAAUAUAUAGCAAAAUUACUUUACUAACAGUUUUGCGAAGCAUAUCAAAGCCGAAUUGAACAAGUUAACAGAUCGCUAUAUUAAACAGGUUUUACUUUUAAAGAAAUUAGAUAAUCUCUUUGUUAUGGUAAUAUUGACCGGGGCAUUAUUUGCACAAUAAGUGCGUAAGAUGAGUCUUCCAUCAAAUGCUUUUUAGUUCUGACGUUUAAAUUCGAACUCGCGAAUUUUUUGCAUUUUCUGCAUAUGCUAAUAAAAUAACGGAACUUUUGCACUGCAAAUAAAAAAGUGAUACAAAUUAUUCUUACUUGAUUUUGCAUAUAAACUAAAACAAAAUAAAUUUAUAUGACAUUCUAAAUAGUUGGCGUUGUAAUUGUCAAUCUAAUAAAUGAUUGAAUUGUACUUUAACUUAAUCAUUAUUUAGAUUAGAAAGUGUUGAUAAGUGUUUUACAAAGAUCUUUAGUAAUAUUGCAGGUAGAUAGAAUAUAAAGUUUCCAGUCUAAUAUGUUUCUGUGAUUAACAAUCUCGUUGUUGAUUCACCGGGAUUCGUUCGGUUCCCUUUUCGAGCCAUCAUAAAAAGUCGGUAGUCGCGCUACUUUGCUAUUCAAAUAUCGAGCGAGCGACACGAGAUUUAAUAAACCCGAACGGCCGAAUUCAUUUUGGAUAUCGAAGAGCUGUGAGAUUAAAUAAUAUAGAUUCAUGAAAAGAGAUGGGGAUAACAGCUCGUGGACAAGUGAAUAAACAUUUACCUUUUUCGCUUCUUGCGAGUGUCUGCAGAUUCAUAGAAAGAGAACAAUCUUGAUUUGGUAUGAAACGCGAGUGAAAAAAGUGAAAAGUGUCUUAACUGUCUGAGGUUCAGACAAUGAAUAAACUGUACCGACGACAAAACCAGAACAUCAAUGGCGUCGAGACGCGAGCAGCAGAAAUUGGAAAAAUUGUCCUCAGGAAUACUCCAAAUCGGCAUAAGAACCUCGCACAUACGUGUUAUCGAUCGUGACUGGAGGUAUUAUUAAUCCUGAGGACACCAUCGAGACUCGUCAUGCUGGUCCCGGAGGGAAAUUUGACAGCUUGGGCGAGUAACUGGACGACGCUGCUGCACCAGGUGUCCUGCAACGACACCCUUUUGGGUUGCGCCGAAGAGUCGUGCGACAUCGUUUCCGGCGGAUUCGAUCAUCUAUGCACGGCGAUCGAGAGAGGGACUUUUACCGCUUCCUCGAUGACGCUCCUUUGUACGCCAUGCGAUUAUGCGAGUUGCAACGUCAACGUGUCCUUGCUCCUCAACGGCCUCGAGAGCAUUGAGGGUGUCUUUCUAUCUAGGAUACCGAUAAUAAAUUGUAAUGCCACGUCCAUCGAGGAGGAAAUUUUGGAAUGCUCGUCGGCCGGGAGCAUCGCCGAGGACCUGGCCGUGUCCUGCUCGCACCGGUCCAGGCUCGGCGGCGCGGGAACUAAGACACGUCGCUUCAACUGGAGCUUCUUAUUCGUGGCGGUGUUCAUAGUCGCCGGCGGGCUGGGCAACAUAUUGGUUUGUCUCGCGGUGGGUCUGGACAAAAAACUCCAUAAUGUGACGAACUAUUUCCUGCUGUCGCUAGCCAUGGCCGAUCUCCUUGUCAGCCUGUUCGUCAUGCCUCUGGGUGCCAUACCUGGCUUUUUGGGGUAUUGGCCGUUCGGCGUGGUGUGGUGCAACGUAUACGUGACAUGCGACGUGCUGGCGUGCUCGGCGAGUAUAAUGCACAUGUGCUUCAUCUCUCUGGGCCGUUACCUGGGUAUCCGUAAUCCGCUCAGGACACGUCACACAUCCACGAAACGAAUGGUGGGCUUCAAGAUCGCCGCGGUCUGGCUACUAGCCAUGCUGGUCUCCAGUUCCAUCACGGUGUUAGGCGUAAUUAAUUCAUCAAAUAUCAUGCCACAACCGGGUGUGUGCGUCAUUAACAACCGGGCGUUCUUCGUAUUCGGUUCCCUGAUCGCCUUCUACAUCCCCAUGAUCGUCAUGGUGGCGACUUACGUUCUGACAGUACAACUGUUGCGGAAAAAGGCCCGAUUCGCGGCCGAGAAUCAGGAUGGCGAGAAUCAGUUUCGUCGGCUAGGCGGCAGAUACGCGUCCACAAAAACAACAUCGUCGACAGCAUCAACGUCUAAUACAUCUGCCGCGACCACCGCCGUGCGAUCGUCGGCCUCCUCGGCGAGACAGGUUCGCACUUCCGGCUGCAACGCGGAAAAGGAGAGCGACAAAUGCGGAGGUGUGAGAAAGGUCCUGCCGCAUUUGAAGUUAGCAGUGAACGGCGCCGGGAGUGCCGCCGUAGGACCUCGGCUCAAGUCGAAAGUGGAUCAGGCUACCCAAACGCCGGAGAACAUCGCGCGCGAAACACGGAAUUUCACCCUCAGGGCCCUGAAACUGCAACUGAACGUUACGCCGACCACGCUGAAUCUCAGGUUUCUGGCGGGCCGAACGAAAAAGAGAUCUCUGGCCGCGAACGCGGUCGCGACCGAGCAGAAAGCCAGCAAGGUCCUGGGGCUGGUAUUCUUCACGUUCGUGCUGUGCUGGGCGCCGUUUUUCCUACUUAACAUUUUCUUCGCCGCGUGUCCCAAGUGCCCCGUGCCGAGACACGUGGUGGAUACGUUCCUCUGGCUGGGCUACGUGUCCUCGACAAUCAAUCCCAUCAUCUACACCAUUUUCAACAAAACCUUCCGAGCCGCGUUCAUUCGCUUACUGAAGUGCAAGUGUUCGAGGUCUACGAGGCCUUCGAGAUAUCACUCGGUCACGGGAAGCGGAAGGGGAGCGGUGGGCCUGUGCACAUCCGGUGCUCUUCCACUGGCCAUCAGUCUUCAAGGUACACCCUUAUUAACCCCAACGCCCAACCCUACGACGUCGGCAUCGGGAAGCUCGUUUGUCACGAUGAUGCACCGAACGCCAAGCUCUCUAUACCAAGACACCUUCUUGAUUCACGAACGCGAUCAGGACGAUCAUUAAAUCUUCAUCGAUAAUCGGGGGGCGAUCACACUGCACAACAUAAUUUUUGCCCUCUUUACAGAAACAGGCAAUUUUAAUUGAAAAAUCAAUGUACAUAGAAUGUAGAUAAAGCAUCUUCCGUAAGUAAUUAUGCCGCUGUUUGUUACUUGGAAACUAUGCGCGAAAUUUCGGUUCCAAUUCUGCAUCCUUAAGUCGACUACAGUCACCUAAUUAAUUAAUUAAGUUUUCUGACUAAUCAAGAUCGAGAAGAUAAAAGGGAGCUAUAACUUUGUUGUGCAGUGCUAUCGAUCAAGAAGAUCCGCCAAAUAAUUUUCUGUUGGCAAUUUCUUAAAGUUGCUUAAGUUCACUAUCUAUUGUAGAAAUCGAAUUUAGGUAUCAAUGUACGAAACGAAAUAAAACAAUA